AUGGAGAUGAUUAACGCAUAUGAUACAUGCAACAUCCCAACGUCUAUCGGGCUUCGCGUGGUGCGCUCGCCUCAGUUCGGAUCAUUCAGCUCGGCAGAUGCAAAAGCCAGUUCCGGCGGCUUUGGGCGUCCGAAUGCAGGGGGGCCUUCCUUCGGUCCUAACCAAUUCGGCAAGCCCGGCUUCGGAGGUCCGGGAUUUGGGAAUCCGCGACCUGGAGGCCCGGGAUUUGGUGGGCCGGGAUCUGGAGGUCCCGGAUUUGGCGGCGGUAAUCCUGGGUUCGGCAACAGGCCCGGCUCCGGCACCAACAUCAGCAUAUCCAAGAGCAUCAGCAUAAGCACUGGGAAUGGCGGCCUUGCAAAAUCCGAAGCGAAGACCACCUCUGGCAAA